CCAAUGGAAGGAGCCGCAAGACUCCGACCACGCCCCUCCCUCCCGGAAGUGCCGGCGCUGACCCCGCCACGCAGCUGCCAUGGAGUCGCCGGUGCUGUCGAGCAUGGAGGAGGUGUCACAGCUGUACCAGGAGCUGAGCCAACACCCGGGGCUCAGCGCUGCCUGCCUCGGCCCCAAUGUCACCACCCAGUAUGGGGGCAAGCACUGCAGCCUCUACACCGAGUGGUCUCAGCGGGACCUGGCACGGGCUGAGAAUGUCAAGUUCUGCCGCCAGUACCUCAUCUUCCAUGAUGGGGCCUCCAUCGUCUACUCAGGGCCUGCAGGCACCUGCUCUGAGAUCAAGGAUGAGCUGCUGAGCCAGGAGUCCCCCAGCGGGGCGCUGAAGGCUGUCUUGCGUAAAGUCCCUGGCAAGGAGAAGGAGAAGAAGGAGAAACAGUUCCUGGAGGUCUGGGAUCAGAACUGCAAGGUGAAGAGCAUUGACCUAACAGCACUGGACAAACAUGGCAGUGUCUAUGAUGAUGACCAAUUUGGCUGCCUGGCCUGGUCCCACUCGGAGACCCACCUGCUCUACGUGGCGGAGAAGAAGCGUCCCAAGGCUGAGUCCUUCUUCCAGAGCAAAGCCCCUGAGCUGGGUGCCUCAGAUGAGGAUGUGGGGCAACCGAAGAAGGAGGACACACCCCUCAAGGGUGAGCAGUUUGUGUACCACGAGGACUGGGGGGAGACACUGAGCACCCGCAGCGUGCCCGUCCUCUGCGCCUUGGACAUCAUGGGUGGCAGCAUAUCAGUGCUGGAGGGCAUCCCAGAGCACCUUUCCCCUGGCCAGGCUUUCUGGUCCCCCAGUGACACUGGUGUGGUGUUUGUGGGCUGGUGGCACGAGCCCUUCCGCCUGGGGCUGCGGCACUGCACCAACCGCCGGUCAGCGCUCUUCUACGUGGACCUGACAGGAGGGAAAUGUGAGCUGCUCUCUGAGGACACCAGGGCUGUGUGGUCCCCGCGACUCAGCCCUGACCGCUGCCGCAUUGUCUACUUGGAGAACAAUGCCCUAGGCCCCCACCAGCAGUGCAGCCGCCUCCGCAUGUAUGACUGGUACACCAAGCAGACCAGCACAGUGUUGGAGGUUGUGCCACGGCAGGUGUGGGGCGCCUUCCCGGGCAUCUAUUGCGGGGCACUGCCAGGGCUGUGCUGGGCAGCUGACAGCCGCAGGCUGGUGCUGGACACGGCCCAGCGCAGCCAGCAGGACGUGUUUGUGGUGGAUACAGUGACAGGCACCACGACCUCACUGACAGCUGAUGCCCCCCAGGGAAGCUGGUCUGUUCUCACCAUCAACCGGGACAUCUUGGUGGCCAGGUUCUCCACCCCUAGCUGCCCACCGACACUGAACGUGUCGAUCCUGCCCAGCGCCGGCCAGGAGGCACAGGUGCAGUGGGUCUGCCUGCAGGAUGCACCCCCUGUGCCCGGCAUCACCUGGGGCAUCCGCACCCUACAGCCCCCACCUGAGCAGGAGCACCCCCGGUUCAGGGGCCUGGACUUCGAUGCCAUCCUGCUGCAUCCCAGCAAGGGCUCUGAUGCCCAGAAGCCCCCUUUGGUUGUGAUGCCUCAUGGGGGUCCCCACACCGUCUUCACGGCUGGGUGGAUGCUGUACCCAGCGGCUCUCUGCUGCAUGGGCUUUGCUGUGCUGCUGGUGAAUUACCGUGGCUCAUUGGGCUUUGGCCAGGACAGCGUGGUUUCCCUGCCAGGCAACGUGGGCACGCAGGACGUGCGUGAUGUGCAGCUCUGCGUGGAGCGGGUGCUACAGGAAGAACCUCUGGACGCCACCCGGGUGGCACUGGUGGGUGGCUCGCAUGGGGGCUUCCUGGCUUGCCACCUCCUCGGCCAGUUCCCUGACACCUACCAAGCCUGCGUGGUCCGCAACCCUGUGGUGAACAUUGCCUCCAUGGUGGCCACCACUGACAUCCCUGACUGGUGCCUGACAGAGACAGGACUGCCCUACAUGCCCGACGCACUGCCGGACCCGGCCCAGUUGACAGAGAUGCUGCACAAGUCACCCAUGCACUACAUCGACAAGGUCCGAGCACCCGUGCUGCUAAUGCUGGGCGAGGAUGACCGGCGUGUGCCCCCCAAGCAGGGGCUGGAAUAUUACCGUGCCCUCAAGGCUCGAGGGGUCCCCACUCGGCUGCUCUGGUACCCAGGUAACAACCACGCACUGGCCGGUGUCGAGGCUGAAGCUGACGGCUUCAUGAACAUGGCACUGUGGCUGAUAAAGCACCUGCGGUGCUGAUGGCCCCCCUGCUGCUUUUGGCCCCCAAUAAACGGUGUAGUUCAGC